AUCACUUUGUACGUUUCUUAGCAUGGUCUACAACCAGCGCUGUGUCACAGAGGAAACUGCCAGACAGUGAUAAGAAAGUCAAAUUGGACGGUCACCCUGAGGGACCACAGACACCAUGGUCUUGCACUUGAGGAUGCUACUCAUUGGAUCCCUGCUAUGGAACAGUUUAGCUUCAGGACAGAUAUCAAGCAGCACAGACAAUUCAGGCGGGAACACAACCUCACCUACAUCCCAAUCCACUCUCAACCCACAGACUCCCAGCAUCAACGCACUCCCCACUGCGCAAAGUGAAUAUGUACCAAGCACUUCUGACACGCAAGCACCCGCCAGAAAUGGUACCAAACCCGCAAUCAACAGCUCUGCUGUCCUUACCGCGUCUCCAUUCAUCAGCUACACCACCCUGUACCCAGUAUCAGGUGCAUCAAGCAGUGAAACCUCUGACCCACAAUCACCCACCACCAUGAUCUCCACGACAAAUAUCAAACCCGCAAUCAACAGCUCAGCUGCACCCACUACACUUGCUCUCUAUGGUGACCUCGCUACCACCCAAGCACCCAAACUCACUGCAGCUCUCACAUCAUCAUUCACCAGCUCUGCUGGGCCUUCUCCACUCACUGGCAACAGCACAUCAGGUGUUACCAGCAGCUCUGACUCCCACCAACCCACUUCAUCUCCAACCAUCAAUCUCACUCCAACAACAGCAAUAGAUAAUACCUCACGUGGUAUAGAUUGCACUGGUUUAAGAUUUGGGAAUGAAAGCUACAAAACCAACAAGGCGAAUUUCUCUUUAGACAAUUAUCCAAAAGAUCUGAAUAUAUCUGCUGUUCAGUGUUCCAGAAAUGUAACCAUUUCUGGUAGUAACUUUAUUGUAGACCUCGAACCAUGUGAGGAAAUCCAAAUAUACUGCAAUUUUACACAGUGUGAGCAGCAACCCGGCCCGAUCAACCUGACUCAGCCACCUACUCAAGAAAUGUUCCAUUUAAAAGUCAUGGCAACAAAUACAUCCCUUACUUUUGAUUGGGUGAAUACGAACAAUACACCUUGCCGGGUUGAUACAUCUGUUCACUGCAGCAAUGGAACUCACGAGAAAAGCGGAGGAACUACAUUAUCAGAAUUAACUCCCUACACUAACUAUACAUGCAGGGCAAACUUAAUUUAUGAAGGCACGGUCAUAAAAACGGAAAAUAGAACAAUACAGACCAAGCCUGGAGUACCAGGAAUAAUCAAGAACUUAGCAUGCAUAGGAGGCAGCGAAAUGGUGACAUUUACUUGGGAUAAGCCAGAAAAAAAACAAGGACCAAUAGACGGAUAUCAAGUGACUUUUAAAGAAGAAAAUGGAAAAAAAAAAGAUAAAAAUCCAGAAUUGCCAAUUGAUAUUACAACUACAAAUUCAAGUUUCAGUAAAGGUGGACUUGGCAAUUAUACAGAGUAUACGCUAAUAGUUAGUGCGUACAAUAAAGAUGAAGAUAAAGCGUUAAAAGGGAAAAAAGAUUCUAAAUCAUGUAGGACAAAUACUGCCAAACCCGAAAAAGUUGAAGAAGUUAAAUCACAUGUUGGGCCAAAUAACGUUAUCACAAUUAAAUGUAACGACCCCCAAAAGAAGAAUGGACCUGAUGGAAAAUUUAUUCUGGAAUACGAUAACAUACGAUUAAAUAAAACUAAAUGCGAUUUUCGUCUUGAAAAUUUGAAUUAUUUGACCACCUAUAAAUUUAAGAUCUUCUACAACAACACAGAAUUCACAGGAGAAGCCAUCACCGAAGUUGCAUCAACAAAAUAUAAUGACAAGGCGCUGAUUGGGUUCCUUGUAUUCCUAAUUAUUUUGACAUCUCUCGCCCUCAUGCUGGUUCUCUUUAAAAUCUACAAACUGCAGAAGAGAGGAUCAAGCCAUUGUGAACAGAACUACCCACUUUUUCCCACAGAUGAUGAGACGUUGAUUCGAGUUAUUGAGCCCAUCCCCGUGGAACACCUGCUGGAGACGUACAAGCGAAAGAAUGCCGAUGAGGGCAGGCUGUUCCUGGAUGAAUUCCAGAGCAUCCCACGUGUUUUCACUAAAUACACCAUUAAAGAGGCGAGAAAAUCCUGCAACCAACCAAAGAACCGCUAUGUAGAUAUUCUGCCCUAUGAUGACAAUCGGGUGAUCCUGUCCGAAAUCCAUGGAGACAAUGGGUCAGAUUAUAUCAACGCCAGUUACAUCAAUGGAUUUAAAGAGCCAAAGAAAUACAUUGCUGCUCAAGGCCCCAAGGAUGAAACCAUGAAUGAUUUCUGGAGGAUGAUCUGGGAGCAAAAAUCAUCCAUAAUUGUGAUGGUGACACGAUGUGAAGAGGGGAACCGGAACAAAUGUGCUCAGUAUUGGCCAUCCCUGGAUGAAGACACAGAAACCUUUGGAGAUAUCAUUGUGAAGAUCACAGAUGAAAAUAUUUUCCCUGAUUACAUCACUAGAAAGUUACAUGUUGUUCAUAAACGAGAGAAGUCUGAGCGAGAGGUGACUCACAUUCAGUUUACCGUCUGGCCAGAUCAUGGGGUCCCUGAUGAGCCAAACUUGCUACUCAAGCUGCGACGACGGGUUAAUGCAUUAAGUAAUUUCUUCAGUGGCCCAAUAAUUGUCCACUGCAGUGCUGGUGUGGGACGUACCGGAACAUAUAUUAGUAUUGAUGCCAUGUUGGAACGCCUAGAGGCAGAAGGCAGUGUGAAUGUCUAUGACUUCGUGGUACAGCUUCGGCGUCAGAGAUGCUUAAUGGUUCAAGUAGAAUCACAGUAUAUCUUCAUACACAAGUCACUGGUGGAAUAUAACCAAUUUGGAGAGACAGAGAUUAACAUUCCAGAGGUUGCAAUGGCACUGAAGAACUUAAACCAUCGUGACUCAAUGUCUGAACCCUCCCAGAUGGAUUGUGAAUUCCAGCGGCUACCAACAUACAGGAACUGGAGACCUCAGACUGCUGGUAAUCACCAUGAUAACAAAGAAAAGAACCGCAACCCCAGCAUUGUCCCAUAUGAAUACAACCGUGUUAUAAUAAAGCUGGAGGAAGAACAGAGUCAGGAGAGUGUGGAGGAUAGUGACAUGUCCUCCGAUGAGGAGAGCGACUGUGAUGAAUCUACAAAGUAUAUCAAUGCCUCUUAUAUAACAGGAUACUGGGGGACACGCGAGCUCAUUGCCACCCAGGGACCUCUAAAGAACACAAUAUCUGACUUCUGGCAAAUGGUUUUCCAGAGGAAAGUGAGAGUCAUUGUCGCUCUCUCUGCACCUUCUGAGGAAAAUAAG